AUGGCUGACACUGAGGUAUUCAAGGAACAGCUAGCAGUAACCAUCGUCGAAACAGUUCUGAUCGGCGCGGUAUCCUUGGUUGGUUUCCUCUGCAACUUUCUGUCGUUUCUCGUUUUGAUUCGGCACAAAGCCUUCAAAAACUCAUUUGGCUAUUUGGCAGCAUAUGAAGCGUUUUCGAAUGCAUGUAUCCUUCUGAUCUUUUCAUUAUGGACAACACCGUGGACGUUACUUGAGAUCCCGAUCAGUCUUCACAGGCUCAAUCUGAUCAUUGGCGGAAUGUCUUUACUCUUUGCAGAAUCAUCGUUCCAUUGCAGCCUUCUCAUAACUAUCAACAGUGAACGGGUCACUCAAAUUCUAUUGGUGAUAGUCUCGCUCAUUUCAGUGGCGUAUUUCGGUGUCUACUUCACGGCUGUGACUUUUAUUACGAUCACCAGUAUAGCCUAUGGACGUUUGGUGUGGAGCCAUGCAGUCAAAUGUUGGCAUUUUAUGUCGACAUGUGCUACAAUGUCUCCACUCUUUGUGCUCAUAAGUGGCAUUGAUGCGAUAGUACUGGUGAACCUGAGAGCAGCCACCAAAAAAAUAACGGCAGCCAACGGAGCCAACGCGAAAGAGCAGUGUAAAAAGCGACAUAGGAAAGAAACCCGACUGUUUCUCCAGGCUAGUUUUACUCGGCCAUUGACUCUCGUUUCUGAGUUCCUGUACGUAUUCGUUUAUGCUCGUAUCCUUCCAUGUGAUUGCUCGAUGGGUGCCUAA